GUCCGUUGUGUGCCUCUUAUGCUGCGUUUACGAUGACACCGUUCACUGAGCGUAGGUUAACGUCCGCUUUCAGUGCAAGCAAAUAUGACCUCAUGGCUGCACAAAGCCGAAUACGUUGCUGCUUUUAACAAUUCCAUGUUUCCGAAUUACGCUAAUCGCCGUGGUUUCUUUUCACAGAGCACAAUGCACGGAGGGAGCUCCACCGUCUGUAGGAACCUGACAGAUAUGUACACCGCUAGAUGAUAUGGCAGAAAUUUGCUCAAAUGUUACAACGAGGCAAUAGACCGGGCAGGAAAUUGGAGUAGAGCUGAAACGCAAGGCUUUGCUACCCAACAGCUUGUGUGUCGGUGUGUAUGCUGGAAGUGCCUAUGGCGGAGUUUGGGGAGGACGGCAGCCUGCCUCCAUUGAAUGUUGGGGAUACGGCCGUGCCCAGCGACGAGGCUGCUGACAAGACACAUUGUGAGGUGUCGGUCUUGAAUGGAGACUGUGGAAUAUCUGAAAAUAUGGUCGGUUCCGGAUCCCUCGUCGCACCUGGCAGCCAAACCGGGGUGGAAACCGCCAACGAUUUGGACACCAAAUCAGAAAUACCACGCAGGAGCAGCAUUAUCAAGGAUGGCUCAAGACAACGUAAAGAGAGAAAAAAGACAGUAUCAUUCAGCAGCAUGCCCACUGAGAAGAAAAUCAGCAGCGCAGGAGACUGCAUCAGCGCAAUGGUGGACGGCUCUGAGCUGAAAAAAGUGCGGUCCAAUUCACGCAUUUACCACCGCUACUUUCUCCUUGAUGCUGACAUGCAGUCUUUGAGAUGGGAGCCUUCGAAGAAGGAAUCAGAAAAGGCCAGAAUUGAUGUAAAAUCCAUCAAGGAGGUUCGGACAGGAAAAAAUACAGACACUUUUAGAACUAAUGGAGCCUAUGAUCAGAUAUCAGAGGACUGUGCAUUCUCAGUCAUCUUUGGGGAGAACUAUGAGUCUCUGGACUUGGUGGCAAACACUGCAGACGUAGCCAACAUAUGGGUCACAGGGCUGAGGUACUUGAUGUCCUAUGGGAAACAUACUCUAAAUAUGAUAGAGAACAGUCAGAACAACAUGCAAUCAUCAUGGCUAGGUGAACUUUUUGAUGAGGCAGACAGUAACAACAGCAAGCAAAUAACAAUAUGUGCUGCUGUGCAGCUUGUCAAAAAGCUAAACCCAGGACUUAAAAAUGUGAAAGUAGAACUGAAGUUCAAGGAGCUUCAGAAAGCUAAAGACAAAGCAGGUUCUGAUGUAACAAAAGAGGAGUUUGUUGAGGUUUUUCAUGAUCUUUGCACAAGGCCAGAAAUUUAUUUCCUCUUUGUUCAGUUCUCCAGCAACAAAGAAUUCAUGGAUACCAAGGACUUAAUGAUCUUUCUGGAGGCAGAGCAGGGCAUGGCACAAGUCAGUGAAGACACAAGCUUAGAGGUCAUUCAGAAAUAUGAGCCGUCUAAGGAGAGCCAGCUCAAGGGUUGGCUUUCUCUCCAUGGGUUCACAAACUACCUUAUGUCACCAGAGUGCCAAAUAUUUGACCCUGAACAAAAAACGGUCUGUCAAGACAUGAACCAGCCCUUGUCCCACUAUUUCAUCAAUUCAUCCCACAAUACAUACCUGAUAGAAGAUCAGUUCAGAGGUCCCUCAGAUGUGACAGGAUAUAUCCGUGCCCUAAAGAUGGGCUGCCGCAGUGUAGAGCUGGAUGUGUGGGACGGGCCUGAUAAUGAACCUGUCAUUUACACUGGUCAUACGAUGACCUCACAGAUUGUUUUUCGCAGCGUCAUAGAUGUCAUCAACAAGUAUGCUUUUGUUGCGUCUGAGUUUCCACUGAUACUGUGUCUAGAAAACCAUUGCUCCUUAAAACAGCAAAAAGUCAUGUUUCAGCAUCUAAAGAAGAUCCUUGGAGACAGGCUCCACCUAGACUCUCCUAAACCUGAGGACUGCUACCUCCCCUCUCCCUCUGAACUGAAAGGGAAGAUCCUUCUGAAGGGUAAGAAAUUGCCUACAAACUGCACAGCUUCUGAAGGUGAGGUGACAGAUGAGGAUGAGGGGGCAGAGAUGUCUCAGAGGGUGAGCAUUGAGUCUGCGGAACAACAGACUAUUGUAUCCAAGAAAUUCCAGCUAUCAAAGGACCUGUCUGAUCUGGUGACUUUGUGUAAAUCUGUGAUGUUCAAAGACUUCCCAACAUCUUUUCAGAGCCAGAAGCAUUGGGAGCUUUGCUCUUUUAAUGAGGUCUUUGCCAGUCGCUGUGCAAGUGAAUUCCCAGGUGACUUUGUUAACUAUAACAAGAAGUUCCUAGCACGAGUUUACCCCAGCCCCAUGCGAAUUGACUCAAGCAACAUGAAUCCACAAGAUUUCUGGAAGUGUGGUUGCCAGAUCGUGGCAAUGAACUACCAGACUCCAGGCCUGAUGAUGGAUUUGAACAUCGGCUGGUUCCGCCAGAAUGGGAAUUGUGGCUAUGUGCUACGUCCAGCAAUCAUGAGGGAGCAGGUGUCAUAUUUUAGUGCCAACACUAAGGAUUCAGUGCCUGGUGUUUCACCACAGCUCCUACACAUCAAGAUCAUCAGUGGACAAAACAUCCCCAAGCCCAAAGGCUCAGGUGCCAAAGGAGAUGUAGUAGACCCCUAUGUAUAUGUGGAGAUACACGGCAUUCCAGCUGACUGUGCUGAACAAAGGACUAAAACAGUCAACCAGAAUGGGGACAGUCCUCUGUUUGAUGAGAGCUUUGAGUUCCAAAUUAACCUCCCAGAGCUCGUAAUGGUGCGCUUUGUGGUGCUAGAUGAUGACUACAUUGGGGAUGAAUUUAUUGGCCAGUAUACAAUCCCCUUUGAGUGCCUCCAGCCAGGUUUCCGCCAUAUACCGCUACAGUCAUUGACAGGGGAAGUGCUGCCACAUACAUUGUUAUUUGUUCAUGUGGCCAUAACCAAUCGAAGAGGAGGUGGCAAACCACAUAAAAGGGGACUGUCUGUACGAAAAGGCAAGAGGAGUAGAGAGUAUGCUAGCAUGAGAGUGCUGCUGAUCAAGACUUUGGAUGACGUCUUCAAAACAGCCAUCCUGCCACUGAGAGAGGGAACAGACCUUCGAGAAAACAUGCAGAAUGCCAUAGUGUCAUUUAAAGAGCUGUGCGGCCUUUCAGCAGUGGCCAACCUGAAGCAGUGCAUCUUGGCCCUUUCCCCUCGAAUGACUGGACCUGACAACAGCCCCCUUGUGCUGUUCAACCUCAGUGACCAGUACCCCAACUUGGAGCCCCAAGGCCUGCUACCAGAGGUCCUCAAGAAAGUCAUCGCCACCUAUGACAUGGUGAUCCAGACUAGCAAGACGCUGCUAGAGAACUCUGAGGGGGUGUACGAAAGAAUUCUUCAAACCCAAAAAACAGCCAUGGAAUUUCACGAGAACCUCCAUGACUUGGCCGUGAAGGAAGGACUGAAGGGCAGGAAGUUGCACAAGGCGGUGGAGAGCUUCACGUGGAACAUCACUAUACUGAAGGGCCAGGCUGACCUACUGAAGCAUGCCAGAAGUGAAGUCCAGGAGAACCUCAAGCAGAUCCACUAUGCUGCUCUCACCUGUAACCUGACUAAAGGCGGAGCAGCCGGCGACUCCUCUGGCUCAGAGUCCAGGAGCAGACGCAGCCUCGAGGCCAUUCCUGAGAGGGCCACUGCUGAGGAGUUCACCGAUGAGGACAUCUAAAGACCCACAGUCCUGCUUUAGUGCUCUCCUGGCACCCACAUCCAGACCUCUACCCUGUUUCUGCCUCCUGAGCUCAAAACCCUAAGCUCACGCUCUCUUUGUCUCUAUAUCCUUUACCACCAUCUUCACUAUUGCAUCAUCGCACUACACACACAUUUUUUCCCCAUUUCAUUGAGCACAUUACUUUAUCCCAAGCACAGCUGUCACAGGCUUCUGCCUUGUAAUCAUCAAUAAAAUGCCACUGCUACUUUAGGACACAAAUCCAACAAGUUCAGAUCACACAAAGGACUCAGUGGAGGUAGUUUCAAGCCUAGAGAAGUUUAGAAAAUCACUGUCAUAACAUCUCUGUCUAAAUGUUUCUAAGUUGUACUGAAAGCUGGGAGAUUUUGCAAGAAGUGUCCUUAUAAAUAUUUGCCAUACAUCUAAUCUGAGUCUAAACAUCAAACAAAAGUAACCUUUGGGAAUUUGUACCAAGCAUAAAUCUUCUUGAUUAACGUUCCCAGUAUUUACAUCCACAGUCUCAUUGCAGAGGAUUGUUCCCCUCCCUCCAUUCUUCUUGUCUGACCCUGUCUUUCAUUUCCUGUCUGAGCGGGUUGAAGAGCAUGAACUACCAGCCGUGUGACCCAUAAAGUCACUGAUCUACUGUUCAGAGACAAUGCACUUCUACUCAGAGGACCAAAACGUUACCUGAGGAGACAAAGAGCACCUGGACUGCUGUAAGAUUUCUUAAAGCACAAUUUUUUGCAGUUAUGAAUGUAACAGGGCACACUGUAAGGAACAAUUUGAACGAGAAGGAAAAAAGGCGGAUGAAACAUCACGAAUGAGAGAAAAAAAGCUGUUUACAAUAUUGAACUUGUCCAUGUUCUUGUCUGCCAAAAUAGUAUAAUAUACUAUGUGUAUAUAUGGAGUUUCCUGUUACCUGUUUUCUGCAGAGUGCAUCAUUUUAUUAUUGUAUACUUGGAAAUAUAAGAUUAAUUUUAUAAAAGCUGUAUGUCUGUGGAAAAAAAAAGUUUCAUUUGUCUAUAGCUGUGUGAUAAUGGGAGGAAGUGACCUCAGAGUUUUCUCGGGGGUGGGCUCCCACAGGUCAGGACCAAUCAGAGGAUGUAUUCAUACGACACCUGCAAAGUCUCAAAAAUCGCAACCAGCACCUGCUUGAGAAGGAGCUGCUACAGGAAUCUGGUAUCAAUUUGGACGCUGACACAUUUUCAUGUUCUAGCAUUUCACUGGGGGCAUAGUCCCAGUUCUUUUUUUUUUUUUUCCCCAGAUGCGCGCUCCACUGAUUCCAAUCUAAUUUAAACUAGUCCAAUGAGAAAUCAGUUCUAGUUGGUUUGGUUUAGUUAGCU